CAGUCUCAGAACUUCCCAGCCAUUCCUUAUGCCAGUAUAAACGCAGAGUGCUGGGUCUCGGGUUACACGAGCUGGUUUUUGGCUGGGACCUAGAAAGCUGCACACAUUCAGCCUGAAGGGCACAGAGGACGGAAGGCAGCAGCUGCGUAGCCGUGUGUAUGCUUUUGUACCAGCUUGUGGAUCCCUGAAAAAGUGUAAUUAACAGGUCACAAGAUGGCAGAAGCUCACCAGGCUGUAGCCUUCCAGUUUACUGUGACACCUGAUGGAAUUGAUCUACAGUUGGGUCGUGAUGUAAUGCGACAUCUCUACUUAUCUGGCCUGAUUGCCUGCAGAAAACGCCUGAUCACACUCAAGAGCUCUGUACUUAGUGGUGUAUAUCCUGCCAGCCCUUCCACAUGGUUUGCAGUUGUAGCUGUGACGCUUGGCUCUUUAUAUGGGAAAGUGGAUAUAUCAUUUGGACUCAUUUCCAAGAUCAGCAACCUUUUACCUGGACAAGCUGUCACGUCUCCCGUGUCCCGAACUGUGGCAAGUGCUGUUAUAUUCUCAUCAGGAGUUUGGGUCUCUGGGAUCCUUGUCUAUCGUCAAGUUCUCCGCAUGCUUCUUUCAUACCAUGGCUGGAUGUUUGAGCCACAUGGGAAAAGGAGUUUGAAAACCAAAAUUUGGGGAGGCUGCAUGAAGGUUAUGGCUAGUCGACAGCCAAUGCUCUACAGUUUCCAGAUGUCUCUCCCAAGGUUGCCUGUACCACGUCUAGAAGACACUAUUGACCGGUACCUACAGUCAGUGCAGCCAAUACUAGAGGAAGAAAAGUUCAAUCGCAUGAAGGAACUCUCGCAAGAAUUUCAAAAAAACUUAGGACGCAAGCUGCAGAAAUAUCUUCAUCUCAAGUCUUGGUGGGCAACAAAUUAUGUCAGUGACUGGUGGGAAGAGUAUAUUUACCUUCGUGGCCGAGGGCCAAUAAUGGUCAACAGCAACUAUUAUGUGAUGGAUUUCUUGACUGUGAUUCCAACUACAAACCAAGCAGCACGGGCUGGAAAUGUCAUCCAUGCCUUGCUUAUGUACCGCAGGAAACUGGAAAGAGGCCUCAUACCCCCAGUCAUGGCUCUUGGCAUUGUCCCCAUGUGCUCAUAUCAGAUGGACAGGAUGUUUAAUACUACAAGGAUUCCAGGACUGGAGACUGACACCCUUCAGCAUCUGGUUGAGAGUCGCCAUAUAUGUGUCUAUCAUAAAGGCCGCUACUACCGGUUAUGCCUGUAUGAUGACCGAACACUUCUUAGCCCACGGCAGCUGCAAGUGCAAAUUCAGCGCAUUCUUGAUGACCCAAGCCCACCUCAGUCGGGUGAGGAGAAGCUGGCUGCACUCACAGCAGGGGAACGAGUCCCUUGGGCUCGGGCUCGAGCCCAGUUCUUCACUCAUGGUGUGAAUCGGGUUUCAUUAAGUAGCAUUGAACGGGGCGUCUUCUUUCUAAGCCUGGAUUCUGAAGAAGGAGGUUAUCACGAGGGUGACAAAAACUCACUGAGUAUGUAUGCAAAGUCUCUGCUACAUGGAAACUGCCACAACAGGUGGUUUGAUAAAUCCUUCAGUCUGGUCGUGUAUAGUAAUGGAAGGCUGGGUCUGAACGCUGAGCAUUCCUGGGCUGAUGCACCAAUCUUGGGACACAUGUGGGAGUUCAUGCUGGGCACAGAUUUUUUUGAACUGGGGUACACUGAGGAUGGGAACUGCCGUGGAGAUCCGGGACUCUCAUUGCCCCCACCAUACAGACUACAGUGGGAUAUUCCACCUAUGUGUCGAGAGGUCAUUGAAAGUUCCUACUUCACAGCGAAAACACUAGCAGAUGAUGUAGAUUUUAACUGCCUACGCUUUACAGAUUUCGGAAAAGGAAUCAUCAAAAAAUGUCGGAGCAGCCCUGAUGCCUUCCUACAGAUUGCCCUCCAGCUCGCUCACUAUAGGGAUAAGGGUCACUUCUGUCUGACAUAUGAAGCUUCAAUGACUCGCCUGUUCCGUGAAGGUCGCACAGAGACUGUUAGGGCAUGCACCAUCGAGUCAUGUGAAUUUGUAAAAGCCAUGGAGGAUCCCAAUCAAACUAGGGAGAAUCGCCUGGCUCUUUACCGAGCUGCAGCUGAGCGUCACCAGCUUAUGUAUCGUCUAGCAAUGACUGGCAAAGGUAUUGACCGCCACCUUUUCUGCCUCUAUCUUGUGUCCAAGUAUCUGGGAACCGAGUCCCCUUUCCUUCAGCAGGUAUUGUCUGAACCCUGGAGACUGUCCACAUCUCAGACGCCACAACAGCAGCUGAAACUUUUCGACUUGGAAAAAAAUCCGGACCAUAUUUCUGCAGGAGGAGGAUUUGGACCCGUGGCUGAUGACGGCUAUGGUGUGUCGUACAUCUUUGCAGGAGAGAACUUCAUCACUUUGCACAUUUCUAGCAAAUUCUCCAGCCCUGAAACGAACUCUCAUCGUUUUGGUCAGAAUAUCUGCCAGUCCAUGCGUGAUUUGGCUGAGCUCCUCACUGGGCAUCCUCGUGGUCAGCCUUGAUACCCAGCCGCUGUACAAGAUCACAUGACCUGCGUUACUUUUUAUUCACUUGAAGCCUAAUCAACUUGCCAUAGAGAAAGCAAUUAUGCCUUGUGUGUGUUACAGAUAUUCGUGUGCUGUCAAUCACUAGAUAAACCGCUACUAGUUACUUGCACUGAAAAAAUGAAAAUCUGAAUGUACAUUGUAAAUAAAUUGUAAUAUGCCAAACCACCAAA